AUGGGUUCGAUCUAUUUGUCCAAUUCUCUACCCAUAACUCGACUUCCUCUACUUACAUCACUCAAUCAAUCUCUUCUUCCUCCUAUUUCACCCUUCUCUCUUAUUCCUCUCUCUAAUCGUCGUCCCUCCAAUUUUUCACCGUUAAUCGCCGUCUCCGCCGCCUUUGCAGCUCCUGCCGGCGUUAAUAAUAACUCCGUUCCGGCCAAAAAUGGAGGUUAUACAGUUGGGGAUUUCAUGACAAGGAGACAGCAUUUACAUGUUGUUAAGCCUUCAACUUCGGUUGAUGAUGCAUUGGAACUUCUUGUUGAGAAGAAAGUCACUGGAUUGCCUGUAAUUGAUGAUGAUUGGAAUCUGGUUGGUGUUGUUUCUGAUUACGACUUGCUUGCAUUGGACUCCAUUUCUGGCCGCAGCCAAAAUGAUACAAAUUUGUUCCCUAACGUCGACAGUACCUGGAAAACGUUUAACGAACUCCAGAAACUGAUAAGUAAGACAUACGGAAAAGUUGUUGGAGAUUUGAUGACGCCUUCUCCUCUCGUUGUCCGUGACUCUACCAAUUUAGAAGAUGCAGCUAGGUUGCUUCUGGAAACAAAGUUCCGAAGAUUACCAGUCGUAGAUUCGGAUGGAAAACUGAUCGGGAUCCUUACAAGGGGGAAUGUUGUACGCGCUGCGCUGCAGAUCAAACGUGAAACCGAGAACUCUACGUAG